CUAUAGCUAACAAACAAGACAACAAUGGACAAAGCAAUCACACAAUCAAUCACAAUACAUUCGUCUCUCUCUUACUCACUGGAUAUAGGAAAUUAAGGAAUUUUCGACACUUUAUGUUUUUAUCAAUAAAAUAUGUGCUCCGACUACGUAUCUACCUUCUUUAUCUCAGUUAUCUACCUAAUAAUAAGUGUUAUUGCUAUGUGUAUUUAGAAGGCAAUAGUUCUCUAAAUACUACUUGUGUGAAUUUUAUUUGAAUACGAGUGGGAAACUAAGUACAAUUUCAUCAUUUUCAAUCGCAACUUUGAAAAAUAUAUAAGUAAGUCUAUAAAACCAAUCCUGAAGAUGAACGUCAUUGUUCCCGACCAAAUUUUGGACACAAUGGUGUGUUCGAAAUGUUCGAAAUACCUAUCGGUCCUUCCAGUGCACAUGUAUCCAAACGGGGAAAAGAAAUGUGGCCGGUGUAUUGAAGAAGGCGACCACGGUAUGCCGUCGCAGGUAAAUAAAGUUUUCCCCACGAUGCUUUUUAAGUGCUCAAACCGGUACGAGGGUUGCACCGAUCUUUUACUACCGGAACAAGUGACCGACCACGAGAAAAGCUGCGUCAGCAGAUAUUUCGACACUUGUCCAUUAUGUCCCGACUUGAAGAUGCCACCGUAUACGUAUAUAUAUAUGAUGGUGGAACAUUUUAAAAAACGCUACAGACAUUACUUUUUAAAGAAACCCACAUUCCAAAUUAAUGUCAACAUUGAAUCAGACAAUUAUUACCUGUACAUCGCAGAAGACAUGGUAUUUAUGUUGAACGUGUUGGUGGACACUACGCGUCACAGAAUAUUUUUGGAUAAUAGGCUACUGGGGUCGAAAACAAUGGCGAAAAAAAUAAAUCAGCAAUUUCGUAUACAAGAUAUCACCACUGAGCUGAAACCAUGCAAGACCACGUUAGAAGGAAGUUUCUUUAUACCCAUCGAUAAAAUUAAAAAGCAAGGAAUCAUAUCAUGCGAACUUAUUUUGAAGUUUGAUGUUGUAAAGUUCGGCGUGGUAAAAAAGAAUAGUACAACGAAUCCACAAUGUAGCGUAGCAGAGAUAAAUAAAAAUAAUGUAAGUGGUGAUAAUAGUACGGCUGAUGACAAAAGUAUUUUAAAAUCUUGUGAGGGAGAGCAAAAUAACUACAAAUUAAAUCAUAGUUGUAAUUAUUAUAAAUCCCAUUACUAUCGAAAACUAUAUCUGUCUGAGGUCUUCAAAAAAUUAUAUCCUAAUUAUAAACUAUCUGCUUGUGAAAUGUUUAUUACCGAUGGUGAUGACACAUACAUUUUAUUUUGCAGUUUUUGUGGUGGGGAUUUGUAUCCAAACCCUUAUUACUCAUACAACCUAUGUUCUGUUUCAACUGCAAGUUGUGGUUUCUGUAAGAAUCAUGUGAAAACAACAUGCUCCAAAAGACACUCAUUAACAGGGAGUUUAAGAUAUAAACAGUUUCAGGCAGUAGUUCGAGCGUAUUGCAAAUGGAACUGCGGCCAACAUUUUAAUUAUUUUGAUCUCCAUAUACACGAAAUGGAUUGCAUUUCCCGCGACCCGAUACCAAGUUGCCCAGUACAAGAAUGCACAGCAGGAAAUUUUAAAAACUUUUCGGAACUUGAGGAACAUUUUAAAUUACAUAAAAAUACAAUUUUGACACCAUAUUGCGAUAAUAUAACAUGGGCUGGAGAAAUAAACGGAGAAGAGUUCUAUCUUUUUCAGGAUCAUGUAACUGUUGUGUUUUCUGGAAAUAAUAAAACCAUUAAAUUGACAAACGUUAUUCAAAACGAUGAAUGCAAGCUUAAAAUUUUUGUGAAUGAAACACAAAUUGCAUUAAAUCAAGAAAUUAAAUUUGUUUGCGGUGAUAUUCUUUGGUUUAGAGUUAUAGAAGAACACGUUGUAACAUGUAAUAAUUAAUUGAGUAACCUAUAAAUUUG